AGGAUUUCUAAUGAACCCGCGCUCGCGCAGCUUCUCCUACUCCCGCCCGAGUCCCGACUGACGACUCCCGACUCUCGCCGCAGGACAUUGUGCGUGUGAUGUGACGCCGUGUUGCGCGCGCGCUCUUCCCCGCAGGUGCGAAAAAAGCCAGCCACCAGAGAGUAGAGACUAAAGAGCAGUUAUCCAGUCUGCGGCUUCUACCCCCACACUGCACAGUUAUUUUGGAGCAGCGGCGAAAACAAAGGAAAUCCCCUCGUCUACCUGCUAAAAAGUGCGAAGGGCCAACUGCACAGCUCGACUCUCCCGACAAUAGUUUACCCUCCAGGAGGUGAGCGGUCUGAAGAGGUAGAGGAGGACUGCUGCGCCGACCAGUCGCCGUCAAGUUGCUGUCAGGAUGCAGGGCACGAUAAUCGAGAACCUCAGCGGCAAGAAGCUGUCCGUGCUGGUGUUGCUGCUCGUUCUCGGACAGAUCGUAUCCUUCCUCGUAGGCGGACUCGUGGCUCCACCACCAUCAAAUAGUCAAAAUAUACUGGGAACAGCUUGCUUAGACCAACGUAAUGCAAAUGGCACUGCACCAGGUAUUGACAAGUGGAUAUACUCCAGACCUGCAGGAAAAUGCAAUGUUAUUGACCCACAUGAGAUCACUGAACAAGUUUUCCCAAUUGUGUAUACAUUUCAGAUGCCUACACCUUAUAAUAAACAAGUAUUCGAUUAUUCUCGGUGGCAACAUAGUUUGAUUGGUGUUCUUCAAGUGGAUAUGAUGUAUCACAGCCAUAUAGUUGUCCCUCCUACUACAAAAUUGACGUUUGAUGCUCGACUGGCAUACAGAAAUAAAGGUGAUCCUGAAGAUGCAUGGAAACACUAUGCUUCUUCUGUGAUUGAAAGAAAUUUAGACUGUGCCAUUGACAAUCUGCAUGAAGAAUACAACUACAACUGCAGUAUAUUGUCAUUAUUUGAAUUAGGAUCAUUGUACCAUGAUUAUUAUUUACUUAACAUUCGCUUACCUAACGAUCCGCGAAAAAAUGUCAACCAAGAUUUAGGCCAUGUUACUGAUUUAUGGCUAACUGUAAUCAAUCAAAAUGGUGGAUUCACUAAAGUUUGGGUGAGCCUGAAAACUAUUUUCUUUCCGAUCACACUCUUAAUCCUUUGUUGGUACUGGAGAAGAAUUCACAUGCUUUCGAGAUCACCAGCUUUAUUAGAAUAUAUGUUACUGGGUUUAGGCUGUUCUCUAAGUCUUCUAAACUUGCCUUUGGAGUAUCUUACACUUGCUUUUGAUAUGCCAUUUAUGCUUUUACUAGAGGAUGUCAGACAAGGAAUAUUUUAUGCGAUGCUUUUAUCUUUCUGGCUUGUUUUUGCUGGUGAACAUUUGAUGGUUCAGGAAGGUGAUCAGAAAAAUUCUUUGAAGUGUUACUGGCGUCAUUUGUCUGCCGUUGGAGUCGGCUGUCUGUCAUUAUUAUUCUUUGACAUGUGCGAACGAGGAGUACAACUUCGUAAUCCAUUUUACUCAAUUUGGGUAACAAAUAUUGGAGCAAAGAUGGCUUUAUCCUUUAUAAUAUUGGCGGGAGUUUCAGCUGGAAUCUAUCUUUUGUUUUUGACAUACAUGAUAUGGAAAGUAUUUAUAAAUAUAAGUGCCAAAAGGGCGGUUUUACCAAGCAUGAGUUCGGCUCGACGUUUGCAUUACGAAGGUGUCAUAUAUCGUUUCAAAUUUUUGAUGGUGGCAACUCUUUUAUGUGCAUCAUUGACUGUGAUUGGUUUUAUUCUGGGACAGGUUGCUGAAGGCCAGUGGAAAUGGGAUCAAGAUAUCGAAUUAGAGAUGACAUCAGCUUUCUUUACAGGAGUUUACGGCAUGUGGAAUAUUUACACUAUAGCUUUGCUAUGCUUAUAUGCCCCAUCUCAUAAACAAUGGCCAGUCGAACCAUCAGAAAAUAGCGUUAGUGAGGAAAUUGAAUUCUCCAGAUUGCCAACUGAACCAAACGAGAUGCUCUCGUUGACAGCGUUUACGCGAAAAACGGCCAUAGAUUAAAUCCGGUGCUUUUCAAGAGAGAAAAAUCGACAACUUAUCGCUGGAUUUGUAGCUUUCGCGAUCAAUAAAUUAAAAGAAAAACAUUUACAUCCCCAUUGACGUGACAUAUCAUCACUGGGCAUUCAAGAAUCUUCAUCGUCGUCUUCUCGUCGAACGCGCAUAUAUUCGUACAUCUAGUAUUAAAUAACAGCAGUAUUUGUUGUAAUUAUAAGAGUAGACUGUGUUAUGACGUCAAGUACCGGGUGAUUGUGAAGUAACCUCUGCUUACUUUAUAACUUUUUUAUAAAUGUAUGAAGGUAACUCACGAGAUGACUUCCUCAGAGCUAUCUGAUAUUGAGUUUUAUAUUGAUAGAUAUUUUUCAGAGCUUCUUCAAUAGUUAUUGUUAGUAUUUUCAAGCAAAAAUUCACAUUUUGCGUUAGUUUUUGAAAAAAUUCGGCAGUUUUCUUCAUUUAAAUUUUAAUAUUUACACGUGCUUGAAUUCAACGCAUUUUAAUGAUUCGUGCAUAAUUUUCGCAAUGCUUCCUGACUCGCUUAAAGAUAAGAAAUCAUUUUCAACCCAUGUCUUCUAAAGUAGUUGUAACUCUAAAUAGAGAAGCUACUCUGUAGGUGCAGAAUGCGUUUAUUUGUGAUUAGCGUAUCUAAUAAUCCAGCUGUUUGAUAGGCCAAAAUGACAUAUUGUCCAAAACCAUUGAAUACGUUAAGGACGCGCGAAUAUAGAAUAAAUUGCAUUUCGUUAGUUUACUUAGUGUGUAAGAGCCUGUCUUGUAUCGUGAAGCAUUUCUUUUAUCGUUUAUUCUUUAUAGCUUUAUUUCGUUAUUACUUAUUUCCCGAUAACAGGAACUCCGUUUGUGGGAAAAAAAUUUGAGGAUAUUUCUCUUCGACGCAGAUGCAAAUUUACGUUUUCGUAACACACCUCGAUACACCACAAUACACAAGCAUAAUGAAUGAAUAUUAUAAAGAGAAAGAAUUGCGCUCUCAAAACUGACGUGCCAUUGCAAGAGAACAUAAGGUUUAUAUACACAUACUAGCCCGUAGACGUUUUUUACGACUUUUGUAUCGCAUUUUUUAAAUAAAUUGAUUUGUUACUCAAAA